GCUUUUGCGGCCUGUCAUGGCCUCCUCCUCCUCCUCCUCUUCCCCUCUCCGGGGGCUGUACCCUUUGGAGGAGACGGCGGUGGGGACCCAGGAGCUGCAUGACCAGUACCAGCGCAUCCUGGCCCCGCUCUCCCUCUUCCCCACCAGUCACAGCCGGGUGCGGCAGGACCCCUUCCGUAGGGAGCCCUCCUUCGCCCUGCGGCCCUCCUCAAGUCAGAGGGCCAUCCCGGUGCCCAUCUCCUUGGUUGGCCUCUUGCAGCUGGUCAAGCAGCGGUUGGAGCUGGGGCCGCGGUGGGGCCACAUCCCCACCCAGCACCAAAAGACUUUCAGGGAGAUCAUCCUCACCGAGGUCCGGCACAUCUAUAAGGAUGUCCAGGGUACCCUCUACGACCCGGCCUUCGGCAGCCACACCAACCGGGAGCUGUACCAACACCUUGUGAUGUACAUCGGCUUGGUGUGCCAACACCUCUUCCUCCACUAUCUGUGCCUCAUGGAGCACCGCGGUGCACUGGGCGUCUUCACCGACUGCGCCAACCUGACGCGCUUCUCUUCCCAGCUCUCCCUGGACUGCUCUGCCUUCCUCAACGUGGCCGCCGUCCACCACCGCCUGGUCAUGGAGAUGAAGACCCUCGGGAGCCACACGGAGGUCAAGCCCCCGAAGCCCGUCAGCCCGCUGAGCCACAGGCCGGCCCAGAAGCUGGGAUGCCGCCUUGGCUUCACCAUCAGCCACUUCAUCCGGAUGACCAGGCCCCACACGCAAACCGUGAGGCAGAAGGUUGCCCAGGAUAUCAAAGAGCUCGAGGAGAUACCUCGGUUGGACAUGAGGAAGAUUAAGGACCUGCACCUUCCCUUGCUCACAGACAACCAUUUCUUCCGGCAGAUGGCUUGCGCGGCCAUCAAGACGCCUUGUCCAACCAUCACAAGGCAGAAGAGCAAAUCGCAACAGGCGGCGUACGUUUUCAAGAGGAGCCAGUCCUUGCCCAACAUGAGAGUCGGGAAGCUCUUGGCGGACGAACUCGGGAUCCGUUUAACCCCCCGACGUCUCUCUCCAGAUCUGCCUUGCCACUAUACAGACUUCACCGAAGACACGGACCUUGAUGGGUCUGUGGGCCUGGCUGAGGACCUCCGGAGGCUGGUGCAGGGCUCCGUCUUGAAAAGCAGCCCAUGGAAAGAUGAGCAGGACGACGACCUGGACCUCCCUCCCCUUAUAAAAGCCCUCACAUGGCGCAGGUCGAACGAGGCCCGCCUGGAGUACCUCCAGAGAAUGCUGGUUUCCUUGCAACAGGAAGAAAACACCGAAAUGAGACGGAGAAACACCAUCAUUGCCGCUCCAGCCUCUCACCCUCAGGCGGCCACCGUGAACUUUGAGGUCCACGACAAGAUGGUGGUGAAGGCGGCCGACAUGCAAGUGUCAGAAAGGGUUUACUUGGAUGAGGUGGUUCUGGAGCGGUUCCCGCCCAUUUACAACCACCUCCUCGGGGAGAUUGACAACGCCACCUUGAAGUCCCUGGAUGCCAGUCUUUCUAUGGGGGAAGAGGUCCGGGAGAUGUACAAGGAGCUGAUGAACACAAUCCCGAAGGACCACAUGAAAUUUGACCUGGGGCCCUCAACGGAACCCCCUGCCACCAACAUAGACCUGUCGGUCUGCUUCGCUUCGUCGACGCUGUACGGGAAAAAAAGUGAUCAAAUAAUUAACGAACAGCUGAGUGAAAUCCUGCCCGCCGGGCCCUUCGCCCCCGAGGAAGUGGUAGACACCCUCCAGACUCCGAAUCUGCCUUUCAAAAAGUCAGGGAGCAAAAAACAACACGCCUCUUGGCUCAAAUGGUGGAAGAAGACAUUCAACGUGGACGACUACCUGAAAUACCUCAGCACCAAUGAGGCGGACUUUUUGCCGGUGAUAUUUCACUUGUACAACUUUGAGGGCGAUGUGGAGGAGGAGCUGCGGCAGCGGGCAAUAGCCGAGGCCGAAACCAAGAAAAGGGAGAAGGCGCGGAGAGAUACCAUUAAGCAAGCAGCGGAGCUUCAAUUCAAGCAGGAAAAAGUUGAGCCUGGAAAGUGGAAUCCGGGUGGCACCAUGACGGAGGAACCGGACAUUUUUGCUCUCUAUGACCAUAAGCCUGAGGAUCUCAGGGCCAUGCAGAGAAGGCUGGAAAGGCUCUGGACGGUUCUUCAUUUUCCGGAAGGAGAGAGGCUAGAUAUGGCCAUUAAAUACAGCUCCAGACAGUACUACUACUUCCUCCCAGACAUGCUUCAAGCUUGGGAAAGGGCAGCCCAGACUAUCCAAGAGCGGGAGCUGCUGCUGGCCGAACUGGAAAAGUUUGAGCAGACGGCUUCCGAUCCCAACCGCUUGUUCAGCAAAGAGCCCCAGGCCUUUGCGAGGCGAAUGCAGGAAUCCAGGACGAGGUGGCGCCUGCGUUCGGAGUUGGCCCAGUACGACGCGGAGCUCUAUCUCAUCCUGACCCACAUCAAGGAGGAGUUCGGUGACACCGUGACUUUCCGGGGACGGCCGUACCCGGAGAAGAUGCAAUGGGACACGGUGGAGAUGCUGUACUGGUUGGAACAGAAGCGCCGCGUGGGCUUCCUGAAGAGACAGCUUCGAAGAAGGAACCAGACUUGGAAACUCCCUCCUCUUUCAUAGAUUGGCGCCGUUACCUGAUUUAUCACACCAAAGUGGCAAUUCAGAAGGCACUCUUUCUACACAGAUUCCUCUUCAGACCUUUCUUCCCCCGCAGCUGUGUUCCUUUGCAGCCAACAAGGACAGAACAUAUAUAGAGGUAGUCCCAAUGAAUUUAGACCCCUUGUCUAGUGCCACGGGCAGGUCCAAGGAGGGAUUUUUUUCAGAGGUCCAAAGACAAGGAGUUCCAGGAAGCUGCAGUCACCAAAUGGGACUGUGGAAAAUGGGACACAGGCCAAAGGAGCAAGACUAUCAUCAAUGGUCAUCUGGCUCAUGCCAGAGUUUGGAAGAGUUGGCGAGAUGUGUCUUCUUCAUAAUCUAUUGGCAUUUACAGAAAAUGGUGGUUUCUGACUGUCUCAGUUUUAAUUAAAAAUAACAAUAAAAGGUGUUAGCCAUCACCAGGAGUGCUGCGACUGUGAGUUCCUGC